ACACGCAGUAUUUAACUUGUGCGUUACUUGUGGCCCACUUGCUUGAUUUCACACUGUAUUUUUGGUACAAGUAUGGACUGUAAAGUUAUGAAAACGGGUUACGAGAAGAAUAUUCCAUGCUGACUUAUGACUUUUUAGUCCCGAUGUGCCUGAAUUCGAUUUAGAUUACAUCCAUUGGUACAUCAAUCAGAAAACUAAACAGAAAUGAAGACAGUGGAUCUCACUGACAACUGACACUCUCCGUCAUCUCUUACGGGGCUUCAUGAGAUCGAGUAGAGGCCGUUGAUUAGUGGGACUCCUUUCACAACCAGACAUUGUCACAGCGUCUCUCGGUCUACAAAAACAAAUUUCACCUUUGUGUCAAGGAACAUUACAAGUGUUGGCUUCCAGUAGGCGCGACUCUGUUUCAGAAUGCGUAGAAGGGUGAAUAUAUGGUUAAUACUGUCCUGACCUGAAUCCUGACUAGUUUUUUUGGGUUUGUUUCUCGCGAUUCACAGUAAGGCUACGCCCAAUUGCUGAACUAGAAAUUUAGGUAUUAUGCUAGACUAGCUUAUCCCACUAUGAUUAUAACACGAAGACAUCUAGGUUCUUGUAAAGUGGAGUAAUCAGUGAUUUACACCAGUCCCACGAAACUAUCUCUAAUUCUCAUACAUUACUAAGCAUCGUAUUCAACCCAAACAAGUUCAGCAGCACCAUCGUUAAAUACCACUGGAGUUAUUCCAUCAGGUCCCGCUGCUUUGUAUCAUUUUGGAAUACAGACAGCGUUUGCAAUACCAGCUGCAUUUGACGGAUCUGUAUCUACAUUCCACAUAGAUUGGUGUUGGACGGUAAGAAAACUGAGUGUGUCAUUAGGUCAGUUAAAUUGCCUCUCAACGUGUCUCCUCGUACGCUCGGAAAUUAUUCCAUUUAUCAAUUAAUUUUUACAAUUAGUUUCCGUAAUGAGCCGAAAUUGUUGUCAGAUGUUUUUUAGUACUGAUACUUUUCCCAUCUCUUUGGCUUUUGUCGUUCACUACUGUUUACGGUUGUUGAGAAGACUUCUAGUCACUCAUCAUCAUUUUUGAAGCCCACUAGAACCAGGCUUCUUGUGUCUGUCAGUUUGGACGAAGGCGCGGUAGAAAUCAAGCGACAUUUACUGACCUUUGGUUUCAGGUUAUCAACAGUCUUUGCUGAUGUUUCUGCUGCUGAUGGGAUGUUGAGCUGGGCUUCUUAAGGAUAAGUGUUGUUGUUAAUUUUAGAUACACGUCUAACUGUUUGUUCCUUAAAUAGAAACGUUGUGUUUUCAUCAGGUUGUAGUCACAAAUGCUCCGUAACUGCCUCCUUUAUUUUUCCAUUCGGUCUGCAAUGUAUACGUGCUCAGAUGUGUUCGUGAAUGGAGUCUACACAAAUGUUAUAGAAGAAAUGGAAGUCUCCUGAUGACCCUCUCCAUCGACAGCUGAUGGUUACGUGAUCUAUUUUAGUCUACGGUUGAUAUGACGACGGAGGCGUCCAGAUGAUCGAUGAAUACUUGGAUCGAAAUUCUCCAACCACUCAACAAUUUCAUGAACUUUUACAGCCUUACAAGACAGAGUUCGGCGCUAUUCUACUCAGGGAUUAUCAUGAGUUGCUAAAGAAAUAUGAAAUAGCUGAAAUGCUUUCAGAGGAUUUUAAAAUCUGUACAAGUUAUUUAUUACACUAUGCCUGGGAGAAACUGCAUACAGGUCAUUGGAAAAAUGUUCACAUUUGUUGGCGUGUUUUAUACGCUUCAAUUAAAUUGUUAACUGUCUUGUAUAGUUUACGUAAGAGUAUUAAUGAAGAUGAAGGCGAGUGUAACAGUUACAAUUAUUGUCAUAUACAAUACACACAAUUGAUUUGUGAACUAGACUAUAGCCUAAUUAUGGGUUAUUCAAUUUUUGAUAGUUUUGCUUCAAAAUUAGCCAGUGAACUGCACAAAUGCAUAAAACUGACAUCAGAAGAAUCAGUUUGUAGUGAAGAUAUUACUUUUCAGUUGGACAAUGAUAACUUCGAAAUGGAAAUGCUGAAUCAAACAAUGAUAAAUAUGAAUAAAUUAGCUCGUGUUAGCUGUCCAAGUUUGGAGAUGUUUAAAAAGUUGAUGAAAUUAGGCCGACCAUUUAUUAUUACAAAUGCAAUCAAUUUUUGGCCAGCUUAUCAUCAACACAACUGGACACUGAAAUAUUGGAAAGAUAAUUUUGGUCAUCGUCUUGUACCUGUUGAAAUCGGUUCAAAAUAUACUGAAGAGAAUUGGGGACAAAAGUUGAUGACAAUCAAUGAUUUUAUUAAUAAUUAUUUUUUUACAUCAAAUAAUGAAAAGCAAACAAAUCUGAUGAAAGGUUAUCUAGCUCAGUAUGAAAUAUUUUCACAAAUUCCUGAACUAGAAAGUGAUAUACACAUACCGGAUUAUUGUACACUGACUGGGGAUGCAUUCGAUGAGGAUACAAACACUGCUAAUACUAAUGUUGAUGAUAUUCACAUUGACACUAAUAUUUGGUUUGGUCCAAAAGUUGAGUGAAUUUUCCCAGUAUGAAAUCAAUGUACCUGAUUGUGUGUACUGAAUUUGGUGUGUGCUUCAGGUGCUCCAGUUCAUAUAUUCACCAAAGGUUAUAAAUACCACAAGUAUUCAUAUCUUCCUCUUUGAAAUGGAUUUUGAGGUAUGCUACUAGAGAUUACAAUACUUUGAUCUAUAGUAUUUUGUAUAACUUUAAUCAAGUAACUUAUAACUGUGGUUUUAAGCAUGGUCGAUUGGACUACCUUCGACUUUGUAUGACUUGGAGCUAUUCCAUCGGGUAAUGCAGUGACAAGUCGUUUGACGACAAACCGCCGGAAAACCGUGCGUGCGGAGCAGGAAGUGAUGAAUACAUUGGACAGGUGAGGAACCUGUAGAAGAUCUGAACUUUGCGGACUAUUUGUGUCUAAUGUUAUAGAAACUUGGAGAUUUACAAGCGGAAACCAACAAGUCAGCAGAAGAAGCACCAAAUACCUCACUUCAAGUGAACAUAGGGAAAGCGGAGCUAAUGAAGACAGUUACCGAACAACAACAACAGGCACCAAUCAUUAUAAACGGGAGUAAUUUAAAGAUGGUAUCUGCUUCUCUAUCUAGGCAACAUAGUUUCAAAUACAGACACGCUGCAGGGACAAGAAUGUCGAAAACAGAAUUAGAAAGGC